GAAACGGCGAUGGAAAGUGUUUGGUAGAGAGUAGCGACUGUCAUGAUUAUAUAAUACGGAACCCUUACUUUACUUUGCGUUAGUUAAGAUCCAAACUCAUUCAUUCCCCUGCCUAUUUAACCUCUCCCCAGAGUCAGAACAACUCUUAACUACUCUCUUCUCAUUCUAUUUCUAUCCAGCUGCAAUAUUAUUAACACAAAGAAGAAGAUGGGUACAUAUAAUAUACUUUUGGCGGUUGCUUUGAUUUGCGCUGUGUUUGCACGCGCAGGAGCUCAAUCUCAAUCUCAAUCUCCACCCACUUCCCCAAACACCUCUCCAGCACCACCCACUCCUCCUAAUACUAACGCUCCUCCAACGCCAACCACUCCUCCUAAUACUAAUGCUCCUCCAACGCCAACCACUCCCCAAGCUUCUCCUCCUCCCGCUCAAUCUUCUCCUCCACCCGCUCAAUCUUCCCCUCCACCUGCUCAGUCUACUCCCCCACCACUUCAAUCUUCUCCUCCACCUGUUUCCGCUCCUCCUCCAGUUCAGUCUUCCCCUCCUCCUUCUCCACUCACUCCUCCACCCGCAUCCCCACCCCCUGCCUCUCCACCUCCAUUCUCUCCUCCUCCCGCAACUCCUCCUCCUGCAACUCCUCCACCGGCACUCACGCCUACUCCACUAUCAUCUCCUCCAGCAGCCACUCCAGCAACUACUCCAGCUCCAGCUCCUGCAAAACUCAAGAGUAAAGCUCCUGCAUUGGCACCCGUCUCGCCAUCCGAAGCUCCCGCUCCCAGCCUCUCCUCUCCCUCACCCGCUCCAUCUGGUAACGAUGAUAGUGGGGUACACAAGUUGUGGUCGCAGAAGAUGGUGCUUGGCUUAGUAUUUGGAUGUGCUUUCCUCUCCUUACUGUUCUAGAUAUGUUUUCGGACUGCAGAUCGAUCAUUCUUAUUUUGCUAUAUAUUAUUUUCUGGAUGUCAUUUCGGACUUUAUAUAUUGCUGUCUAUCUGGAUCACUACUAUACAUUGUUUGCAUUUAUUCUUGGGACAUUAUUUCAGCCGAGGUUUUGUAUUUGAGGACACUUCUUUUGUAUGCCACUAUUACUACUAUUACUUCAUCUAUCCACUCCUUGCUUUCUUUCGCUA